CCUCACUCCGACGAUCUCUGACACGCUCAUAAUUUCGUGUUUCUUGGAGUCUCAUCCGUUGCAACCAUGGAGAGAGUGCAGUUCCAGCAGGAGCAGAUGCUCACUGAGCUGAAAGACCUCGUCAGAAAAGGUCUGUUCACACAAAAAGAGGUCAAACAGAUUAUGCAGAAGCGCACCUCAUUUGAGACUGCACUCGUCAGGCGUAUACCCAAGAAGGGCGACUUCCUCCGCUACAUAGCGUAUGAGAUGGGUUUGGAAGCCCUCCGCAGGAAACGCGCCGCUCGGAUACUUGACGGGCCCCAGCCGCCUUCUGUGUCCGACUAUGCGCUCGUCCGAAGGCAGUUUCACGUCUUCGAGCGUGCUCUGAAGAAGUUCAAAGGUGACGUCGGCCUUUGGAUACAGUAUAUACAGGUGGCAAAGAAGGAGGGAGCAAGAACACUAGUCGGACGAAUCACAGCUCGUGCACUCCAGCUGCAUCCGAACGUCCCUGCGCUGUAUAUUCUCGCCGCUUCCCACGAACUUGAGCACUUGGCUCCCUCUGCUGCUCGCGCCCUGCUCCAGCGAGGCAUCCGACUUAAUCCUGAGAGUGCGGAGAUGUGGCGAGAGUACGUGAAGAUGGAGCUGGGUUUCGUAGAGAGCUUGCGCAGGCGAUGGGGCGUCCUUGGUAUUGAGUUGGAAGACACGAAGGGCAAGGGCAAGCAACGAGCACGGGAAGUAGAUGAAGAUCAAGAAAUGGGCAACGAGGAGGUGGAGAGAAUGCAGGUGGACGCGGAAGAUGAGAGCGACGGAGGCGAGGCAGCGCGCAGGCAGAUCAUGCAGGGUGCUAUCGCCAAGUCCGUCAUGUCGAGUGCCGCGAAAGCUUUGCCAAAGAUCGAGCUCUUCAUCUCUUUGCAGGAGCUACUCACGGGAUACCCAUGCCCACCAUCUCUGCGAGACACACUGUUGGAUCACCUCUUCACGUUGUUGCAUGAAACACUGCCCGCCGAUCCCGCCGCUAUCAGACUAUCCGCGACGAGACAUCUCCUACCUGACCUCGAGGGCGAAGCAUUGGUGGACACACUCAAGGACGCAAAUGAGCGGCUUGCCAGUGCUGUGCGAGAUCAAAAUGGAGCAGAUGAGCGGCUAGCAUCGGUGUAUGCGAGCUUUGUGCAAGACUGGUGUCGGAAAGACAUCGAUGACAGUCUGAAAGGCUACCUCAUCACAUCGCUCCAACUCCUCACACAGCAGAAAUCGGCCUCCCCUUCGCCCGCGCUACUGGCGGCAACAAUCACACUGCUCACGACAUACCAAGAAAGCCUCCACGAGUAUCUCCCGCCUACAAGCAACACGCCUGAACGGGUUCUUCGACUAGCUCGAAAAUCCACCGGCAAGGACACCACAAAGCAUUCGGCGCAAGUAUGGCUCGCCCGGUUCGACGCGGAGAAACAAUUCUCGACAAGCGAGGACGCAAAACGUGCGUGGGACGAGGGUCGGGGUGCCGUCCUGGGCGCAGGGAUAGAGACCGUGUGGCUUUGGGGGCUAGACCCCGAGCCGGAUUGGGAAACCACAAAAGGGCGCGGGACCGGCAGCGCGGAGGCUGAGGUGGGAGAGCGCGUCCGGCUGCUCGAGCGGCUUCUGGGAGAGGGACACCGCAUGCGCGACGCGACGGCGUGGGCCGCGGUGCAGGAGACGCUACUGAUGCGGUACGCGAAAGCGACUGACGUCGAGCUCGCGAUCAGACUCAGGCCCGAGGCGGUCGAGGAAGGCGAGGUACCGCCGGCAGGAAUUCGCAAGAGAAAACGGGCGCGCGGGGAUACGGGGACAGAAAGAAGAUCGCAAUCGAUGGCAUAUGCGGACGCGCGGGCGGCCCGCGUGCGCCACAUUGGGGCAGCGUACGUGGUGACAGCGCCCGUGUGGCGGGAGGUCUUCGCGCAGGAGGAGGCGGCUUCGGAGGAGGUCCCCGCGUGCUCUGGACGCGUUCUCGAGAUGGUCUUCGAGCAGUGGCAGCGUAAGGACGCCGUUCACGCGACUGUCGCUUGGGCGCGGUGGCUGCUCGCACAUGGGAAGGCGAAGGCAGCGACCGAUGUAGUCAUGCGUUCGCGAAACUCGCUCUCCGACGUCGAGAGAAUGGUGCUAGAGCACCUCUGGAAGCAAGAAGUGGACGAAGGUGUCGAUGCCUCGUCUACGGACGACUUCGAGGCGAUCCCCCAGGUAUCCCUAUCCACCUGAAUCCCAGUCGGGGUACCAUACAUUCCAUUUUGUGAAUAGAGCUGAGGUCUGUGCGCAUUUACACGACCCUGUGCGAGUCAUGUACCGUGCGAGGACCACACUGGGUGAACUACCACACAGUGCCUUCGGAACGUUCUUGGAAAUGGAAGCAUCGCGCAUAUAUCGCAUUGAGCAGAAGAUCUACGACCGUCUUCCCUCCCAAUCAAGACGGUCGUGUUCAGAGUCUGCCUAUGGGCCGGGAGACUAGAGCAGAGUUGCGCCGGACUCCGUCAGUAUGUACUGCUACUAAGUAGAUCCACCGCUUUGUACAUGUACACGGCAAUCUGCGCGACACUACCUACAACAGUCAGGUUGACCGCAGCCGCGCGAAUCGACGAUAGGGAUGCAACAGGAUGAAAACUUGAGUCCGCUUGCAGUAUUC